CACACCACAGCUUCUCACACUUUCCUCACCUUCUCAUCUUUAGAGAACCAUGUCUAGCAAAUCCACCAUCAUCCGCCGUGGCUUCAGCACCAGCUCGGCCAGAGUCCCUGGAGUAAACCGCUCAGGCUUCAGCAGCGUCUCAGUGUCCCGCUCCAGGGGCGGUGGUGUCCUCGGUGGGGCCUGUGGAGGAGCUGGCUUUGGCAGCAGGAGCCUCUAUGGCCUGGGGGGCUCCAAGAGGAUCUCCAUUGGAGGGGGCAGCUACAUCACAGGGGGUGGAUGUGGCAGCAGAGUUGGAGGUGGCUAUGGCUUUGGAGGAGGAGCCGGGAGCGGAUUUGGUUUUGGCGGUGGAGCUGGUGGUGGCUUUGGGCUUGGUGGUGGAGCUGGCUUUGGUGGUGGCUAUGGGGGCUUCCCUGUCUGCCCACCUGGAGGCAUCCAAGAGGUCACUGUCAACCAGAAUCUCCUCACUCCUCUGAACCUGCAAAUUGACCCCACCAUCCAGCGAGUGAGGACUGAGGAACGGGAACAGAUCAAGACCCUCAACAACAAGUUUGCUUCCUUCAUCGACAAGGUACGGUUCCUGGAGCAGCAGAACAAGGUCCUAGACACCAAGUGGACCCUGCUCCAGGAGCAGGGCACCAAGACCGUGAGGCAGAACCUGGAACCCUUGUUCGAGCAGUACAUCAACAAUCUCCGCAGGCAAUUGGACAGCAUCCUUGGGGAGAGAAGCCGCCUGGACUCUGAGCUCAGAGGCAUGCAGGACCUGGUCGAGGACUACAAGAAGAAAUAUGAAGAUGAAAUCCACAAGCGCACAGCAGCAGAGAAUGAAUUUGUGACUCUGAAGAAGGAUGUGGAUGCUGCCUACAUGAAUAAGGUUGAACUGCAAGCCAAGGUCGAUAGUCUUACAGAUGAGAUCAAUUUCCUGAAAGUCUUCUAUGAUGCAGAACUGUCUCAGAUGCAAACCCACAUCUCAGACACAUCUGUGGUCCUGUCCAUGGACAACAACCGCAACCUAGACCUGGACAGCAUUAUUGCUGAAGUCAAAGCCCAAUAUGAGGAGAUAGCUCAGAGGAGCCGGGCUGAGGCUGAGUCCUGGUACCAGACCAAGUAUGAAGAGCUGCAGAUCACCGCAGGCAGACAUGGUGACGACCUGCGCACCACCAAGCAGGAGAUUUCUGAGAUCAACCGUGUGAUCCAGAGGCUGAGGUCCGAGAUCGAUCAUGUCAAGAAGCAGUGUGCCAGCCUGCAGGCUGCCAUUGCUGAUGCUGAACAGCGUGGGGAGAUGGCCCUCAAGGAUGCCAAGAACAAGCUGGCGGGGCUGGAGGAUGCCCUGCAGAAGGCCAAGCAAGACAUGGCCCGGCUGCUGAAGGAGUACCAGGAGCUGAUGAAUGUCAAGCUGGCCCUUGACGUGGAGAUUGCCACCUACAGGAAGCUGCUGGAAGGCGAGGAGUGCAGGCUGAAUGGGGAAGGCGUUGGACCAGUAAAUAUCUCUGUGUCUCAGUCAACCAUCUCCAGUGGAUAUGGCAGCUCCAGUGGUGUUGGCAGUGGCUUAGGCCUGGGUGGAGGCAGUGGCUACUCCUACAGCAGUGGCUUCAGUUCCGGGAGUGGCAGAGGCAUUGGAGGUGGCCUCAGCUCUGCUGGGGGCAGCAGUUCCACCAUCAAAUAUACCACCACCUCAUCCUCCAGUAGGAAGAGCUACAAGCACUGAAGUUCUACCACCAGCUUCCGGUUCUCCAAUGCUUCAGGCCCAUCGCCAGCGGCACAGCCUCUACCUCAGGCUGCCUCUCUUCUCCUGG